AUGACCCUCCCCAGCCAACGGGCCAAGCUGCCCGUCGCAGUCGACAAGCCCACGCCGUACACCUUCGAUCUCGGCCUCCUCCUCGCCCAGGACCCCAACGCAAUCACCCUGGACCACGACUCCCUGGAGCAGUCCCUCGCCGAGGUCGCCCGCGACGGCGCCCAGUCGCUCAUAAACCAGCUCCUCACCACCUGCCCCAUCUCCUCCACCAAGGACGGCGUCCUCCUCUCUCUGCCCCCGCCCGCCACCGCCCUGCCCCGCGAAAAGCCGCUGCCCCAGGCCAAGGCGCAGACCAAGUGGCAGCGCUUCGCGGAAAAGAAGGGCAUCAAGCCCAAGACGCGGGAGCAGCGGAGGAACCUGGCCUACGACGAGGCCUCGGGCGAGUGGAAGAGGAAGUGGGGCUACAAGGCUCUCAACAAGAAGGGCGAGGAUGACCCCAUCGUCGAGGUGGACAUGGAAGCCGAGCGCAAGCGGAAGGAGGGCACGAGCAUCAGAGGCGACGGACGCAGGGAGAGAAAGGAGCGCGUAAGGCGUAACGAGAGAAGAAUGCGCAAAAACUUGAAAGACUCGGCGGCUGGAGCUUCUGGGAAGCGAGGAUAG